AUGACUGGUCGCGGCAAAGGAGGAAAGGGACUCGGAAAAGGAGGCGCCAAGCGUCAUCGUAAAGUGCUUCGUGAUAACAUCCAGGGAAUUACCAAGCCCGCUAUCCGUCGUCUGGCUCGUCGUGGUGGUGUCAAGCGUAUCUCCGGUCUGAUCUAUGAGGAAACUCGUGGAGUGCUGAAGGUGUUCCUGGAAAAUGUGAUCCGAGAUGCAGUAACCUACACUGAACACGCCAAGCGCAAGACCGUCACCGCCAUGGAUGUCGUGUAUGCUCUGAAGCGACAGGGUCGCACUCUGUAUGGUUUCGGAGGCUUUUUGGCCUUCGGUUUCUUCUCGCCAGCGGGUUUCUUGGCAACCUUUUUCUUCUCUCCGGCAGCCUUCUUCGGUUUUUUGGCAGCAGCCUUCUUCGGCUUCUUCUCGCCAGCCGGUUGCUUGGCACCGGCUUUGAUUUUGAACGAGCCGGAUGCACCGGAACCCUUGGUCUGGCAGAGAAAAAUGACUGGUCGCGGCAAAGGAGGAAAGGGACUCGGAAAAGGAGGCGCCAAGCGUCAUCGUAAAGUGCUUCGUGAUAACAUCCAGGGAAUUACCAAGCCCGCUAUCCGUCGUCUGGCUCGUCGUGGUGGUGUCAAGCGUAUCUCCGGUCUGAUCUAUGAGGAAACUCGUGGAGUGCUGAAGGUGUUCCUGGAAAAUGUGAUCCGAGAUGCAGUAACCUACACUGAACACGCCAAGCGCAAGACCGUCACCGCCAUGGAUGUCGUGUAUGCUCUGAAGCGACAGGGUCGCACUCUGUAUGGUUUCGGAGGUUAA